GAAGGGUGGAGUGUAUUUCAAGCCUUCCGAACAGUACGUAGAAUUUUGGCGGUAAACCACGACAUUUUAAUUUAAUGACUUUUUUACAUUUAUCGUCAUUUAUUAAUAGCAAUAGUCAGUUUGCAAUAACAUUGUUAUUUUUCGACCAGUAAGCCGCCAGUAAAAAAUUGUAUUAAAAUGUAACUCCAUUCAAUUUGUCAUUCGUUUUGUGACUAUCCAAAAGGCUUGUCAGUGACUUUAACAGAAUGAAUAUGUGGUGGUUGUCCUGUUUUGGAUUACUUCUACCCGUCGUGGCUAGAAGAGACGAUUACGAGAAGACAGGAUAUUUCUGGCACAUCACGGACAUCCACUACGAUCCCCAUUAUAGCCCUAACGGCGACUACAGAAAGAGCUGCUGGAGGCACGACAACAGAGCAGCCGGUGGUAGUGCGGAGGGUAGCAAAGCGCAAAGGCGUUCGAGUUCCGGAAUAUCGGGCCGUUUCGGCGAUUAUGGGUGCGACACUCCGUGGGAACUUAUAGAGUCUGCAGCUAGAUUCAUGAAAUCAAAACAGAAUGAUAAUGUAGAAUUCGUACUUUGGACUGGAGAUGGCCUCAGUCACUUUGCGAGCAAGCAUUUAUCAGAAUCGAGGCAAUUGGAGCUCCUUCAAAGACUAACGGACUUGUUGGGGAAGACGUUUCCAGCUCAGUUCGUAUUUCCAUCGCUUGGCCACGAUGAUCCAGCUUCCCGAAGACUUUUAGGACGGAUGUGGUCCAGGUGGCUGCCCACAGAUUCAAUGAAAACUUUCGAAACUGGUGGUUACUACAUAAUCGAACGCAAAAUGCUAAAACUGCAAAUCGUCGUUAUCAACACGAACCUGAUGAAGAGAGGCGAAACAGAUCGAGACGCGAGCGAGCAAUGGAAAUGGCUGGAAACCGUGCUGAACAAAUUCGAAAAGAGCGGGGAGACGGUCUACCUCGUGGGCCACGUACCCCCAGGGCAAGACGAACGUCAAAAAAGUUACUUUCCGCCAUUUCACGGGGCUUAUACCGACUACAACAACCGAAAAUAUAUCGAAUUGGUCGGGAAUUUUUCGUCAAUCAUUGCCGGCCAGUUUUUCGGACACUACCAUUCGGACAGUUUUAGGGUCAUUCACGACAAAAGAGGUAAACCCAUAUCAUGGCUUAUGAUUGCACCAUCAAUAGCACCUAAACGUCCUCAUGUGGGACCAAACAAUCCCGCAAUAAGAAUGUACAAAUUCAACAAGGAUACGGGCCAGAUUUUUGAUUACACUCAGUACUACUUGGAUCUGUCGACCGCCAACGCGGAAUCAAGAGCCGAUUGGUCGAUAGAAUACAACUUCACGACUUAUUAUAACCUCAAUGAAAUAACUGCACAGAACUUACACCAUCUGACGAACAAGUUCAUAUAUGAAAACAGCGGGAAAAGUAUCUACGCAAGUGACCGACGAAGUAUAUUAUUUGAAAGAUAUUACAAAGCAAAUUCCGUUAGGGUUGGCGCACAUCCCCGUGAGUCUUGCGACUCCACCUGCGUUCAAACGCACUACUGCUCGAUAACAUGCCUGGACCAUUCCGAAUUUGAAUAUUGUCUCAAAGCCAAACUCAUUCCUGUCUCCGGCGGGGCCAUUUUGUCAGUCUGCGAUAGCCUCCAAAUUAUGUUCACGGUAUGCCUCAGUUCGGCAAGUUUGCUGAUAAAAAGCGCCGCGGCCAUUUUGUAAAUGUGACGUUGUCGUUGUAAAGUGUAUAUAACAGUGUGACAAAGCUCAAGAUUUAGCUACGAAAUACGUAUUGGAAACGAACGUGUGUGAAUAUUACUUGUAAA